AGCACACCAACCAGGGCCCGGAAGUCCCGCUCGCAACCCGUCCAGCCUGUCGCUCCCCUCCCGGUUGCUUCCGUCCCCGCCCAGCACACAUGCGUAGUAGGAGAAGGCUUGUGGAGCGCGAGGCUGCGGCUCGGCGAGCGGGCGCGGGUGUCUCCUCCGGCGCUCCCCAUGGCUGCUCAGCCUUUGCCCGCGGAGCUGCUCACUCGGCGGCCUCUCCUGCUCGGCCAGGUGGAGGGCGCGCAGGACGCGGUGAGCAUGGCGGCCAUCGUGCCCAAGGAAGAGGGGCUCAUCAGCGUCUCGGAGGACAGAACGGUUCGUGUCUGGCUGAAGAGAGACAAUGGCCAGUAUUGGCCUAGCAUAUAUCAUACAAUGCCAUCUCCAUGUUCGUGCAUGUGCAUAAACCCAGAAACAAGAAGGCUGUCCGUAGGUCUAGACAAUGGUACCAUUUCAGAAUUUAUUUUAUCAGAAGAUUACAACAAGAUGACUGUUAAGGGUUUCCAGGCUCACCAGAGCAGAGUUUUGAUGGUUCUGUUUGUUCUGGAAAUGGAGUGGUUGCUGAGCAUAGGGCAGGACAAGAAUUUCACGUGGCAUUGCUCAGAAAGCGGGCAGCGGCUCGGCACCUACCGUGUUAGUGCAGGUCCCUGUGGACUACAAUUUGAUGUGGACACUCGGCAUGUUUUUAUUGGGGAUCAUUCUGGACAAGUGACCAUCCUUAAACUGGAACAAGAAAAUUGCAACCUAAUCACAACAUUUAGGGGGCAUACAGGUGGAAUCACUGCCCUCUGUUGGGACCCUGUGCAGCGUGUCUUAUUUUCAGGCAGUUCUGAUCAUUCGAUUAUUAUGUGGGACAUUGGAGGAAGAAAAGGAACAGCCAUCGAAUUGCAAGGUCACAAUGAUAAAAUUCAGUCGCUCUCCUAUGCCCAUCAUACGCGUCAACUUAUCUCCUGUGGAGCAGAUGGAGGGAUUGUUGUCUGGAAUAUGGAAGUUGAGAGACAGGAGACACCUGAAUGGUUAGACAGCGACUCCUGUCAGAAGUGUGACCAGCCAUUCUUCUGGAAUUUCAAACAGAUGUGGGAUAGCAAAACAAUAGGACUCAGACAGCAUCACUGCCGAAAGUGUGGGAAAGCAGUCUGUGGCAAAUGCAGCUCAAAGCGUUCUUCUAUACCUCUCAUGGGCUUUGAAUUUGAAGUGAGAGUCUGUGACAGUUGUUUUGAAUCAAUCACGGAUGAAGAACGUGCUCCCACGGCCACUUUUCAUGACAGCAAGCAAAACGUCACCCAUGUACACUUCGACGCAACCCGAGUGUGGUUGCUGACCUCUGGGACAGACCGGAUUAUUAAGUUGUGGGAUAUGACACCUGUGGUAUCUUGAUACGUCAGUGAAACUUCAAACAACUCUUGUGUACUGAAGAAGGGAUAACUAAUACAGACUCUCCGGCUGAAGAUAAUUCAGUUUCUGUGAUGACUGAUAACUUUCAGUACCCCCGGAUGGUUUUCCAAGUGAUCUUCUGCAACCAGCAUGAACUCUUGCACCAAGAAACUUUACUUCUCUCUGUUCUCAAACUGCGGAAGUUGGUUUUAUUUUGAAAACGAAGUGUGCAACCUGGGCGCUGUUCAGCCAUUUGGAAUAUGUCUGGAAAACAUGUGUGGUGCAGUUUUUUAAUAGUCUUAGUGUUCUACAUUGACCUGUGAUGUCCUGUAUGGAGGAGUCCAUUACACAACAAGAGCCAUUAUAUGGUGGAGCGGUGUUGAACAGGUGCUUAAAUUGAAAGCUCUGUCAUGAAAGAUCUGGGCAUCUACAGCUGCUGUUCAACAGGAAAAUGGCAUAAUUUGUAAUUGCAUUCUUGUAUGUGGUGCUGUUGCGAGGAGGGGAGAAAGAUGCAAAGCCCUGUAUUUUCUGUUUGCAAAGCCCAGAGCAAUCCUCGCUAUAGCAACCAAUUUCAAAAUGGCUAAGCUAGCUUCCCAGCUCCAAGCAUUGCCAGUGAGAAUAUAAACAUUCAAAACAAGACCGUAUGAACAAUGGUUUUAAAUAGCUGCAAGUAGCUCUAUUUACUUGUGGAAGUGUGUUCAGUGUGGGGAUGGGCCGGCAGUGGCAGUUCUGCCUUUGGGGAUUUUGCUGGGAUUGGUGUUCCGGGGUACGGUUGGAGAUAUUUACUGUUGCGUUCCCAUUGCCUCUUUGGCAGGGCAUGUGUAUGUGUGGUUUUUUUAAUGGCAGGUUGUUGUAACUGUUUUUAAUUCUCAAUGUAAUCCCCAGACCAAAUGUGGCUGAAUUUAACGUUUUGUUCUGCUACCUUUAUUAGGUGGUUCCUUUUCAAAAAAAUAAAAUGAAAACUGUCUCUUCAAA